CGAGGAAUUUCCAGCUCAGAAAAGACCGCCCGUCUUCUCUCUUUCUUCCACGACUCGAAGUCCUUCUUCGCAAUCAAGGAAGUCGAGAAACUAGGCUCGAAAGCAACGGGCAUCAACAGUAUGCAAAUCAAAGAGGUUCUCCAGGGCCUGGUCGACGAGAGCCUCGUUCGGUGUGAAAAGAUCGGUUCGGGAAAUUACUACUGGAGUUUUCUUUCUGAUGCUACGAAGAGUCGCGAGCUGGUGGUGUCGAAUUUGAAGAAGAAGCUUGAGACUGAGACUGAGGCGGUAGUUUCGCUCGAAGAGCAGACUGGGAUAGAGUUAUCGGAAAGAGAGAAUAACGCUGAGCGCGAUGAUCUUCUACGACGAGUGCAAGAAAAAGAGGACACUUUGCGAAAUCUGCAACAGGAAACGUCCAAAUACAGCGACGUUGAUCCCGAGCUUCUACAGCAGCAAACGGCAUCGCUCUCCUUGUUGCGAGAGGCUGCAAAUUGCUGGACCGACAACAUCUUUGCCGUUCUGGGGUAUUUUCGUGCACAAGGCACAGACUUGCAAAUCAUCUAUCGCGAAUUCGGCAUUCCUGAUGACCUGGACUCUAUUUGA